ACCUUUCACUGUCAGACAUGGUUGAGGCCUCAUGGAAGCAUCUUUCACUCACCAAGAGGAAAGAGAAGGAGCCCAUCUACAUAACCAGCACCAACAGCUCAAGCUUUGUCUGCCAUUGGUGAGGAUCAGAGGACCUAACACCCAGAACCCACUUUCCAUUUUUGGGUUUUGCUUGUCCAAGUACAUAAGAAGCCUUUAUUCCAGAGCUCGAAUCUCUAACUCUUGUUGCUUGGGGAGGCUGAGUUAUGAUGUUAUGGUAGUGAACAACUCUGCAUUUUGUGAUUCAGUUGAAGAAGGGAUAGCUGCAAUGGAGGGUCUGAUUGAGAAAAGUGAGGGGCUUGAUGAAGUUGUGGGUAAAGUUGAGACCUUUGGGGAGUUGAUUGAGAUUGAGGAGAAGGGUCGUGAUAGCUGUUCAAGUUCAGAUUUUUUGACAUCUGAGACUACAGGGCAUGAGGAGCAGAGUCACAGUAGCUCUGAGGAGUCAUCUUCUCCACCCUCCUUGGGUUGGCCUGUUCAGAAAUCUGAGGCACCAGAUUGUACCAGUGAGAAUGGGACUGAAACCCAUUUGGAUGAUAGGAAAUUACAGAAACAAGGGUCUACAAUAUCAGAGACUGAGUUGAUGAAGGAGAGGUUUGCGAAAUUGCUGCUUGGAGAAGAUAUGUCAGGCUGUGGAAAUGGGGUUUCUACAGCAUUGGCUAUAUCGAAUGCCAUUACUAAUCUUUGUGCUACCCUAUUUGGGCAACUUUGGAGACUAGAACCUCUACCGCGGGAGAAGAAAUUGAUGUGGCGGAGAGAGAUGGAAUGGCUUCUUUGUGUGAGUGAUCACAUUGUGGAGUUGAUACCUUCUUGGCAGACAUUUCCAGAUGGAAGCAAAUUGGAGGUCAUGAGUUGCAGACCCCGCUCGGAUCUUUAUGUUAAUCUCCCAGCCCUUCGCAAAUUGGAUAACAUGCUUCUCGAGAUAUUAAAUGGUUUUGACGAUACAGAGUUCUGGUAUGUUGACCAAGGAAUUCUGGCUCCAGAUGCUGAUGGGUCAACCUCCUUCCGAAGAGCAUUUCAGCGCCAAGAAGAGAAGUGGUGGCUUCCUGUGCCCCGAGUUCCUCCUGGUGGACUCCAUGAAACUACAAGAAAGCAGUUGCAGCACAAGCGUGAUUGCACAAAUCAAAUACUUAAAGCUGCAAUGGCGAUCAAUAGUAUCACUUUAGCUGAUAUUGAAGUCCCCGAAUCAUAUCUGGAAGCUCUUCCAAAGAAUGGAAGAGCAACCUUGGGGGAUGUUAUUUAUCGAUACAUUUCAUCGGAUCAAUUCUCCGCUGAAUGUCUGCUCGAUUGCCUUGAUCUGUCCUCUGAACAUCAAGCUAUAGAGAUUGCCAACAGAGUUGAGUCCUCAAUCUACUUGUGGCGCCAAAAGACAAACUCAAAACCUAAAAAUAACAAUACCAGAAAUAGUUCAAAGUCAUCAUGGGAAAUGGUUAAGGAAAUGAUGGUGGUUGAUGCAGAUAAAAGAGAGUUACUUGCAGAAAGAGCAGAAAGUCUCUUAAUUUGUUUGAAGCAACGGUUCCCCGGUCUUCCACAGACAUCCCUUGAUAUGAGCAAGAUACAGUACAAUAAGGAUGUUGGGAAAUCUAUCUUGGAAAGCUAUUCAAGGGUUCUUGAGAGCCUGGCAUUCAACAUCGUGGCACGCAUUGAUGAUCUUCUUUAUGUAGAUGACUUGACAAGGCAUUCAGAUCAGUUCCCAUCAAUGCACUCCGAUCAAUUCCCAUCAAUCUCCAAAGUUAGUGUGAUUUCACACAAGGCAACUCCUAUUCCAUAUUCAUCAGUGCCCAUCUCAAGCACUCCAUAUAAAACAGCUUAUGCCACACCAAACUAUUCACCUGCACAGCGAGCUAGCCCUCUCAGGGUAGAAAAAUCACCUUUCAUGACCAAUGCCAAGAUUUCUCCUCAGCGUGGAUUAGGCGUAAAGAAGGUUCUGACUGAUUAUCUUAGCAUUGAUACAAAAGGAAAGAACUACAGCAACUCGACUGAGUCACCAGGUUCAGUCUCGGACACGAUACAAGCAACUCUUGCAUCUCAAAUGCGACGAGGUUCUUUUGAGUCUUCAAGCGCAUCAAGCAGCCCGGUGACUCAGGACUCAGACACACAGGAAAGGAUCCACAUUUAGGUUGUUGGCUCUUGUUAGAACAAGAUGUGUGUAAUGGUGUUGAGUUGAGAAGUUCAUAUUUGUAAUGUGCAUUACUUGUAUUUCCAGUUUUGAGUUUGUUCCCGAGUCACUGUCUGGCAUGGGUCAAGCAGUGAUUGUAAAGAGAGAACUAAUUCCUACACUACUACUUUGGACAGAGUAUAUGAAGUUCUGUUGCUUUCUC